UCUCUCUCUCUCUCAGCCGGAGGGAGGCUGAGCAGAGCAGAAGCAGGCUGGUGGAUCCUCGCGGUCGGUCUGCAGUCAGUCUGAUGCGCUGCGCUGCGCAAUAACCCAGCAGAACCACCUGUGCGGCUCCGGUGCUUCUCCUCACGGAAUAUUCGCGCGUUAAGUUCCGGUGAUGCUCCUCUCAUCCAGUGGGAAUGUUUGAAUGAGGAGGAACAAUCCAGCGUAUAUGUGAUUGCAUUUUCGUGGAGUAUCGCAACAUGGACUAAUUGCAUUAUUCACUAUGGGAUUAUUGCAGUUGUUUGUUGGAUUAUUUUACGCGGCAGCAGUGGCUGCGUUUGGAGUGGAUCCAGCGGUUCGGAUCAGCGUGUUUCAGGAGUUCAGUCCUGGAGAAGGGUUUUCCGGUGUGACACAGGUGCAAGGCUUCCAUGAUGACACCAGAGCGUUCCUGUUCCAAGGUAAGACUGUAGGAUUGAAAACAAACAGAAAUUUGGGGGAGAACAUGUUCCUUUUGGGAUCUGCGCUUCUGGCUAUAUCCCAGCUAACAGGGAACGUUCUCAGAACGUUCUGGCAAGGUUCUGAGCAAACAUUCUUCCGGUAACGUUAAUAGAACAUUCGUUCAAAGUUCUGUCUUCUGUUCUCAGAACAUUAGCACAAAAACAUUAGUUAUACAUUGUUUUUCUGGAACAUUUUAGUCUAAUGUUUUUAAAAGUUACUACUUUUUAAACGAGAACAUUCAAAAGUAACUUUC